AGUUAACAGUGAUACACCCUACUUCUGAGGAAGAGACUUCCAAGUCAAAGGUCUUCGUCAACCCUUCAUAUAGUUGCGUUAAGUAAAGGCAAUUUCUACAUUUUACAACACCAAAAAAUUGUUCAUCUUCAAAUCAUAUACUCCGUACUUACCUUUUGAUCAUGGCUGGAAUUCUAUACGAGCUUGCUGCUGAAAUCUUGAAAAACUUGGGUUCCCCUGUAGCUCAACAAGUAGGAUCAUCAUUUGGGGGACUGAAUAAUGAGCUUCGCAAGCUUUCUACUACAGUUUCUUCAAUCCAAGCCGUACUCACUGAUGCAGAGGAGCACCAGGGGAGUAGCCACCAGGAGGGAAGAAGGCUAAUUACCUUCAACUAGAUGCAGUACAAAACGAGCUUCGAGAAAUGCUUGAUGGGAAGAAGUAUCUGCUAGUGCUCGAUGAUGUGUGGAAUGAAGAUGCCUUAAAAUGGUCGAGAUUGAAGAAUAUGUUGAUCGGUGGAGCCAAGGGAAGUAAGAUUUUAGUGACUACCCGUUCGGAAGUGGCGGCGGAAGUUUCAGGAAGUAUUCGCCAACAUAAAUUAGGGGACCUCUCAAAGGAAGAGGCAUGGACAUUGUUUGAAAAAAUAGCAUUUGAAUGUAACAAUGAGAGCAAAAAUUCGAAUUUGGUGGAAAUAGGAAAGGAAAUUGUGAGGAAGUGUGGAGGAGUUCCUCUUGCAAUAAGGUCAGUAGGAAGCCUACUUCGCCUCAAAAGAACGGAGGGCGAGUGGAUAUAUUUCAAGAAUCAAGAUUUGUCAAGUAUCACACGAGGAGGCAACGAUGUGAUGGCCAUUUUGAGAUUGAGCUAUAGUUACCUUCCUCAGCAUUUAAAGAUAUGCUUCGCAUAUUGCUCCCUCUUUCCAAAGGAUUUCGAAAUUCAUAGAUUUGAUUUGAUUGAUAUGUGGAUUGCUCAAGGCUUUAUUCAAUCAACUACUAACAACAGAGAUAAUGUGGAAGAUGUUGCAAAUUCAUAUUUCAUGGAUUUGUUAAGAAGGUCAUUCUUUCAAGAAAGUGAAAAACGUGAAUCGUUUCAACACUUUUACAAAAUGCACGAUCUUAUUCAUGAUCUCGCGAAAGAUGUUGCAGAUGGGGAGUUCUUCAGUAUCAAAAAAACUGAAGAUACAGAAGUUGUACCAGAACAAACUCUCCACGUUUCUUGUUUAUUCCAGAUUGAUGAUUCAUUGGUAUUUCCCAGUCCCUUCUACAGGAAGCAUAUGAAAUUGCGGACAUUUAUUUACCUAAAUGACUCUAUCUAUGGUGUCAUCUGCAAUUCAACUUUGGGGAGAAUUAUUUCAAGUUUUGAACGUUUGCGUGUUCUACAUCUAUGUCACCUGCAGAUAGAACUUCAGCCUCAAUCACUAGGUGGACUGAAGCAUCUAAGAUAUCUUGCUAUUUCUUCUAAAAGCGUUGUUACUUUACCAAAUUCCAUCACAAAAUUGCAUAAUCUACAAGUUCUAAAAUUGGUUAGUUGCUAUAAACUCAAAAAGUUGCCAAGAGAUAUUUGGAGAUUGGUGAGCCUUCGACGUUUGGUAUGUCAAAAGUGUCUCUCAUUAACCCAUAUUCCACCAGGACUUUGGCAUUUGGCAAGUCUCAUGCAUUUGGAUUUUGAUUAUUGCUUAUCCCUGGAAGAUAUGCCACCUGGAAUUGGCCAAUUGACGUCUCUACGGACAUUGACAAGUUUUAUUGUAGGCAAAGAAAGUUGCAUAUCUGGUCUGGCAAGUGACAAGUUGAAUGAACUAAAAGGCCUUAUUGAUCUUAGAAAUAGAUUAGAAAUAAAGUUCAUGGGACGAACAUCUGCAAUUGGAGAAAGAAUGCCCACCGAUGUAGUGAAAAGAAUGAAACAUCUCCGACAGCUGUGUGUAAAGUUCGAAUUUGGAGAUCAUGAGGAUGAUACUGGAGCUGACCUGAUAAUGUUGGAGGCCCUGCAGCCGCACCAAAACAUUGAAAGCUUGCGAAUAGAAAAUUACAGUGGGUCAAGGUUUCCAAGUUGGUUGAUGGUUGAGAAUCUUGGUUUUUUGCUACCUAAGCUUGUUAACCUAUACAUAAGAGGGUGUCAUAAAUGCCAAAAACUUCCACCACUAUGGCAACUGCCUUCUCUCCAAAGUCUUGUACUAUGGAAUUUUGACUUUGUGGAGAACAUAGAUGGACUUGAAGGUGAUGAUGAUAAAUUCAUGCUACCAUCAAAUACUCCUACAUAUGAACACUACUUUGCUUCCCAAAAAAAACUUGUCUUGGUGAUGAUAAGUGAGAAGCUGUUGAAGCAAAUUCUUUUCCCACCUCAUCAUCAUUCUCCUCUUCGCGAUUUAAAUAAUUUGACUAUACGUUCUGUUGAGGGCCUAGCAACUAUGCCAGAGGAUGUGUUCAAGAGGCUCGUGUCACUCCAAUCCUUGUCUAUUGAAAAGUGCAGAAAUCUCGUCUCUCUAUCCACCUGUCUAACUCAUCUCACUUCCCUUGAGUCUCUAUUUAUAGAGGAUUGCCCUCUAAUUGACUUGUCCAUCGAAGAAGCAAUGCGAUUUGAAGUCCCGGGGAAUUUAUCAACUUUCAGCGUUUUUAGGCUUGACAAGCUAACAUCGCUUCCACUUUGGCUCCAACACUUCUCGGGUACUUUGAAAUCUAUAGACAUUUUGGAAUGUCCUAACUUCGCGACAAUUCCAGAAUGGAUAGGCGACUUCAUUGCCCUUGAUUGGUUGGUCAUUGCUGGUUCCCCUAUGUUGACAUCCUUUCCAGAAGGCAUGCGAUCUCUGGCGGCAUUGCAAGCGCUAAAUAUUAUAGGAUGUUCAUCAGGCCUGAAGCAAAGAUGCCAGAAGGAAGUAGGGGAGGACUGGCCUAAGAUUGCUCACAUCCCAAGAGUUGACAUAUAAGUGAUAAAGAUUGAUAACCUGGUGCAAGUAGAGGAACAAAUAACCCAAUAGUACAUUUAGUUUGUUAUCAGGCUCCAAAAUCCUGAUUUGUUGUAUCUACCAGCAUUUCUGUUCGAUAAAUUACUUGAUUGACUAAAGAAAUGGCCUUGGUGGCAGUAAUGGUGCCAAUGGUGGUGGAGGGGAAGAAAGUGAUAGAAGAACAAAUAGAAGGAGGGGGUAAAAUGGGUUAGGGGCGCUGAAGUGGCAUGCCUUCAUCAAAUGUCAAUGCCAUGUAGGAUUGGAUGGUCAUGUAGGAUUGGAUGUACACUUUGGACAACCUUAACAGGGGAGGGGUAUAUUUGAACCCAUAAUAUAAGAACUGAAAGUGUAACUAGGGAUAUAUUUAAAUCUUUUCUCAUAGUACAGGGUUAUAUUUGGCCCUUUUCCGGAAAAAAUAUGAUAGUACUAAACUGUUUUUAUAUGCAGCCCCCACCCCUCGAACCCCUAUCCACCAAUCCCAAACAACUUUCCUGGCUUUCUCAAUUACCUGACAUGAUGACAUCAGAACAAGAAAGGUUCAAACUAGUGCACUAUAAAUAAGGAGACACAUCUAAGUAAACACAGAAUUUAUGGAAAAAAGAGAGCAAAAUAGAAAAGAAAAAGGAAAAAGGAAAAAGGAAUGAAGAAUUAGCAGCAAAAUGAAGUGAUUGGGAGGAAGCAACAUCCUGGCAGUAACUUCUCAUGAUCAUCAUAUCAUAUUGAGCACCAUGUAUUUAAAUUUAUUUUGCCCUUCUAUUAUUUUUCUUAAUACUCCCAAAAUCUUGAAGAUUCUUAUGAAAAUUAAAGACUUCCCAAUUCCCUUAUUCUGUCGUUUGUGAAUAAUUAUCAUGUAGAAGCAUGGCCGGAGAAACUUCUUUGCAUAUGUGGGGCCAAGUUUCCUUAUUUCCUUAGCAUAUUUUGAUCCAAGGAAUUGUACGUCACUUAAUAUUUCUUUUCUACAUAUAUAGAUGAGUUUUCAUGAUCACCGGCAGUUCCAAAUCGAAACAAUUCUGUCUUCAGAUGAAGUCCCAUUUUGAUUUGUAGGAGGGUGGGUUGAGUGUAAGAUAUGAGUCUUCUUUAAUUUUGUUUUAUUUGUAGAGUUCAUGGCAUAAAAAAUUAAUUUAUUUUGCCAUUUAAGAUUUUGAUGACAAAUUUGGUUGAGUAAUUUUAUAAGAGAAAGCCCUAAGUUGAGUGAUUUUAUGAUACAAAACAAAGUUGAAUGAUUUUGCUAUAUAAUUCCCAUAGUUAAGUGAUCUUUUGAGAUAUUUACUCCAUAAAUUAGUUAUGUGAGCUCUAAACUAAAAAUUUAGGCAUGAACGGAAAUAUUAAGUGACGUACAAUUCCCUGGUUCAAGAUAUGCUAACGAAACAAGGAAACCCGGCCCCACAUAUGCAGAGAAGUUUCUUUAGCCUUGUUUCUACAUAAUAACUAUUCACAAACAACAUAAUCAGGGAAUUGAAGUCUUUAAUUUUCAUGAGAAUUUUUAAGAGUUUGGGAGUAUUAAGAAAAAUAAUGAAAGGGUAAAUUAAAUUUAAAAACCUACUGCUCAAUAUGUAGAUGAUGAUCAUGAGAAGUUACUGCUACAACGUUGUUGCUUCCUCCAAUCACCUUGUUUUGCUGCUGAUUCCCCAUUCCCAUCUUGAUGUUAAGUUGGGAGGCAUGACUUUAAUUUGUUAGCAGGUGUUUGGCCGCGAAAAUCAAAUAUUUUUCACUUUUUUUGGAAUUUUGAAGUAGGAGUUGAAGAUGGAGUUGUGUUUGGUUAUAGUUUUUGCAAAGAAUAUUUGGUUGUUUGACUGUACUGAAAGUGAAAACAAGGUUUUAGGUGUUUUUCAACUUUCAAAUACGACUUCAAGUUGUAUUAGGAAUUUUAAUGACCAUACGAUGAUUUUCAAAUAAAGUGAAAAAAAAAUCCAGAAAAAAGUGAAAAUUUCUCAUGGCCAAACGGGUUAGGUGGGCAAAGGUUAAAGUGCUGAACCUAUUUUCUUGAGAGCUUAAAGAAAGAACUGCUAAUUCUGCAGAAAUGCUCUGAGGCUUCAAUUUCCAUGAUUCUUGAUUGAAUGAUUCUGUUGGCCCUUGAAGGUGGAAACUGUUUUAUUACACUUUUUUUGGCCGUUUUCUUCAUUUCUUUGUUUGCUGUUUAAAUUCAUGAUGAUUUGAGAUAGCUUUGCAGAUUCUCAAUUCCCACCUUGAUGUUUGUGGGGGAUAAUGUACAGGUUUAAUUUGUUAAAAGAAGAGAUAAGAGUAUCAAAGCUCCGAUUAGUGUUAUAUUAAAUGGUUUUCUUAAACAGUAUUCGCUUUUGUUAUUUAUUUG